AUGCCCACAUCUUCCGGAGACAGGGACCCGCAUCUCCGAGACCAUCGUUUGGGCUCCUGCAGCCCCCUGAGCCAACUCUGGCCUGGGUCCCCGGAGCCACCAUCAGUCAAGGGUCUUUACUACCGCCGGGCCCGGAAGGUGAGCGCCCUGGACGCCUGCCCAGAGGCCGACCUGAGGAAGGAGCUGCUGGUCAACGUGGGCGGCCGGCGGUACCUGCUGCCCUGGAGCACGCUGGACGCCUUCCCGCUGAGCCGCCUGAGCCGCCUGCGGCUGUGCCGCAGCCACGACGAGAUCGCGCAGCUGUGCGACGACUACGACGAGGACAGCCAGGAGUUCUUCUUCGACCGCAGCCCCAGCGCCUUCGGCGUGAUCGUGAGCUUCCUGGCGGCCGGGAAGCUGGUGCUCCUGCGCGAGAUGUGCGCGCUGUCGUUCCGCGAGGAGCUGAGCUACUGGGGCAUCGAGGAGAGCCGCCUGGAGCGCUGCUGCCUGCGCGAGCUGCGCCGCCGGCUGGACGAGGCGGCCGAGCUGCGCCGCGAGGAGGCGCUGCAGAGGCGGCGGCAGCGCGAGGCCCGCCGCCCCGACCCGCGCUCCUCGCGCUGGGCCCGCGCCAUGGGCCGCCUGCGCGAGAUGGUGGAGAACCCGCAGUCAGGGCUGCCGGGCAAGGUCUUCGCCUGCCUCUCCAUCCUCUUCGUGGUCACCACGGCCGUCAGCCUGUGCGUGAGCACCAUGCCUGACCUCAGGGCCGAGGAGGACAAGGGAGAAUGUUCUAGAAAGUGCUACUACAUCUUUGUGGUGGAGACCAUCUGCGUGGCCUGGUUCUCCCUGGAGUUCUGCCUGCGCUUUGUCCAGGCCCAGAACAAGUGCCAGUUCUUCCGCGGACCUUUGAACAUCAUCGACAUCCUGGCUAUCUCCCCAUACUACGUAUCCCUCGUGGUGUCGGAGGAGACCGCGGAGGCAGGCGAGAGGCCCAGCGGCAGCUCGUACCUGGAGAAAGUGGGACUGCUACUGCGCGUGCUGCGGGCGCUGCGCAUCCUCUACGUGAUGCGCCUGGCUCGCCACUCGCUGGGAUUGCAGACGCUGGGCCUCACCAUACGGCGCUGUGCCCGUGAGUUUGGCCUGCUGCUGCUCUUCUUGGGUGUGGCCGUCACCCUGUUCUCCCCCUUGGUCUACGUGGCUGAGAAUGAGUCCGGAAGGGUCCUGGAGUUCACAAGCAUUCCUGCCUCGUACUGGUGGGCCAUCAUCUCCAUGACAACAGUGGGCUAUGGGGAUAUGGUCCCGCGCAGCGUGCCAGGACAGAUGGUGGCUCUGAGCAGCAUCCUCAGUGGCAUUCUCAUCAUGGCCUUCCCGGCCACAUCCAUCUUCCACACCUUCUCCCACUCCUACCUGGAGCUGAAGCAGGAACAGGAACAGCUCCAGGCCCGCCUCCGCCGCCUGCAGAACACCAACUCAGCCAGCGAGCGUGAGCUCUUGAGUGAUAUGGACGAUCUGGUCCCUGAGGGCCUGGCCUCGUCUGUCCCCUACCUGUAACUCCGACCCCCUCCCUCUGGAGUGUGCAGUGGCUCCAACCCAUCCCAUGGCUGAAAUAAGCGCCGGUGUCCCCCAUGCUGACCACCAGGUGCCUUUAGCUGGUUCUUCCAAAGUAGGGUCCAUGCAAGGCCAAAGGUGUCCACUGCUGUGAUCCUGGGCUUUGGGGGCUUAGAGACCCAGACCACUUCCUUCCCCAGCUCUCUGCCAUCCACUGAGAAAGAGCCAUCUCGCUGACCUGGGUCAGUGUCUCUGUAUUCUCUUUACCUUCCUUGCAAACGUGGAAGUGCCACACUGGGAUCUGGAUACCUAUAGAACAGAUCACCAGUUGACUAUGAGCAGAAUUCCACCAUCCUUCUCAGACACGCACCCACAGGGCCACAUUACUGCUGAGCACUGGAGUGCACUGUCCCUGAAACCUGCUCACAGCUCCAUGUAAGCCUGCUUGAACUACCUGGGGGUCACGUAUUUCUCUUCCACUGACCACCACCAGCAGCAUUUCCUAGCACGGUAGAAGCAUUCCAUGAUUUUAGAAGCUCUUAGCCAAGAAGGCCAAACUGGUUGCUGAUGCAAAUCCUACAUCACAGGGCUGGUCCUCCUGAUAUGACCUGUGCCUGGUCAAGAAUGCCACCUGCCAGUUCAGCAGGACCCUUGGUAGAUGUUCACCCACUGUCCAACUCUUAGUUUCAACAAAAACCUUAGUUUUUAAGGGCUCUACAAGGUCUCUGCCAAGAGCCACUCCUGCUACUAAUACCCCGGCACCAGAGGAUCACGGCCAUCCACACUGAGCUUAGCCAUCUCCAGCCCGGCUCAGCUUUGGGGUAUAAGCAGAAUAACCUGCCUGGAGCUGGCUCCCCCGACCAAGCCCCCACUGAGGGACAUUCAUUGUUAGCAUAAGUCUGUGUGUGUUUAUGUGUUCAUUUAUCAACAGGCUCAGCUCCUCAGGUCUGGUGGGGGAGGCCAGAUCGUGGGGAACAAGACAGUGCAGGGAUGAUCCAGGAAAAAGCCCUAAAAGCCACAU